AUGGUGGAGAACGGCCCUGAGGACCUGGGGGAACUGGUGCUGGUGGGCAAUUCGACGCGUAUCCCCAAGGUGCGGACCAUGAUGUCGACGCUGUUCGGCGGCAAAGAGCUGUCCAAGUCGAUCAACCCGGACGAGGCCAUGGCCUACGUGGACGUGACCUCGCUGUCGCUCGGCAUUGAGACCGUGGGCAAGGUCAUGUCGGUGCUCAUCAAGCGUAGCACGGCCAUCCCCGUGCGCAAGAUCCGCGUGUACACCACGGAGGAGGACUACCAGACGUCCGUGGACGUGUGCAUCUACGAUGGCGAGCGCGCCUGCGUCAAGCCAAACAACAAGGUCGGCGAGUUCAACAUCUCGGGCCUGGAGCGCACCAAGCGUGGCGAGCCGCAGUACGCUGGAGAGUUCCACAUUGAGAAGGACCCCUCGGGCAACUACAAGCUUUUCAUUGACAACAACAGCGGCACGUACGCCCCCCCGCCCAAGGAGGAGCUGCCGCAGCCCAAGGCGCUGCUCGAGACCAACUUCUCCGGAAUUUCGGUCGAGGCCCUGGACCGCAGCAAGAGGUCGCAGUAA